GACGUCGUUACGGACAGAGCAUCAACCUCUGACUUCAACACUCUAAACAUACUGCACAUAUGUUGGUCGUCCAUAUCGUUCAUUUUAGUUGUGUCUAACUCAAUAUACUCGCCAAUCCAGCGACCAUAUAGUCUAAAACAAACUCAUCACCUUAAGCACGAAAAAGCCUCACAAUGCACAUAUUAUCCUCCCUCUCAUUCGCCCUGUACGCGUUCUCACAAGCGCGAUCUCUCCUUAAAACGCCAAGUUAUGAUUUCUUAGUUGAGCAGGGGCAAGGACACACUCGCCUGAGACCCCAUGUUCAGGGAUACGUGGGAGUCCAGUACCAGGAACCACUAAAUUUAGCGGCAAGCAUCACCAACGCAACCACACGAGCCGAAUUUGCUCUCUCCGCUCUCCAAAUCUGGUACAAUGCUGGUACCGGCCUGUGGAACACAUGCGGUUGGUGGAACAGCGCAAAUGUCCUGACCAUGGUCUCCAAUCUCGCAAAAUACGACUCCAAUCCCCAACUCCAGGAUCUCGCUAAACGAAUCUUCGCAAAUACGAUCACACAAGCACCUGCAAAGAACCCGCUUCCAGGCGUCGAGACUCAGACUUUGAAUCAGAAGAAAGUCAGCCUUGCAAAUACUGGUUAUGACAAGAGUAUGGACGACGAAGGUGAAUUGAUUACGACGUACCCUGAGGGAUGGAGUAAGAUACGCUGGGAUGAAGACUACAAAGUGGAGGAUAUUAAGCUCAAAUUGCAAGGCGAUCCGGCGAACCUCGCUGCAGCUCCGAAUCCAAAUGACUGGCUCGAUGGGUUUUACGAUGAUGAUCUUUGGUGGGCGCUGGGAUGGAUUGGGGCUUACGAUAUUACAAAAAAUAUGCAAUAUCUACAACUAGCUGAGGGUAUCUUCAUGGCGACUACUAAAGCGUGGCCCACCAGGUGCGGUAAUGGUGGCAUUUUCUGGUCGUACAAGAAGGACUAUAUGAACGCCAUCGCAAAUGAGCUUUUCCUGUCCACAGCUGCCCACCUCGCCAACCGUGCACAGAACAAGAGUUUCUACGUUGAUUGGGCUAAGCGCGAACUCGACUGGUUCCAAAAGACCGGCAUGAUCAACGACAGGGGCACUAUCAACGACGGCCUAACCGAGCAAUGCAAAAACAACAACCAAACAACAUGGUCCUACAACCAAGGCGUCAUACUUGGCGGUUUAGUUGAGCUAAACAAAGCCUCUCCAGACCCUUCCUACCUCACACUCGCUGCCAAGAUCGCCAAAGCCGCAAUCAAGGAGCUCUCAGAUUCUAACGGAGUCUUACACGACAAAUGUGGACCUCUUUGUGGAGGCGAUGCAAGCCAGUUCAAAGGCAUUUUCGUCCGAAACCUCCAGCUUCUACACGAAGCUGCACCGGACGCGACGUAUAUCAAAUCUAUCCAAGCCAACGCAAACAGUAUCUGGAACAACAAUCGGGACGAAGGGAAUAUGCUGAGUAUCAACUGGGCGGGACCGUUUAUUGCGCCUGCGAACGCAAGCACGCAUAGUUCGUCAAUGGACGCCCUGGUUGCUGCGAUUACCGUGAAAUGAGAAUUGGUGGGAAACACAUGACAUUACGCAGAAACGAAGGUCCUCAAUGGAGCACUUGGGUGGGAUGGCUUUUGUGUAUAAUUUCUAAUGAUACCCCACUACGUUAGCUGUG